AUGUCCUYGCUGCUUCCACUAGCGUUCUGUUUUUGCGUUCAACAACACCAUUCUGUUGUGGUGUUCGGGCUGCCGAGAAAGUAUGGAUUUGUUGAGGACAGAACGAGGCAGCCAUCUGACGCAGAUCCUGAUGGUGCAGUUGUACUGGGGAGUCCUGUUGCUCCACCAGUAAAUGGUGACAUUUAUACAGACAUCAGCACUGAGAAUGCUAUGCUCCCAGGCUCAAGGAGAUUAAGCAAAGGAGUUGAAUACUUGGUUGAGGCAUCAGCAGCAGAAGCUGAGGCCAUUGCUAAAACCCUUGCUGCUGCAAAAGCACGUCAGUCAAAUGGAGAAGUUGAACUGCCAGAUAGGGAUCGUGGAGCAGAGGCUACUUCUAGUGGGAAACAAAUAUCCUCCCUGAUAAAGCCAGAAUCUGAUGUUGGAAUCAAUUCUGCUCCAGCUGGAAUACGAUUGCAUCACCGUGCUGUGGUAGUAGCUGCAGAGACUGGUGGAGCAUUAGGUGGAAUGGUCAGACAGCUAUCAAUUGAUCAGUUUGAAAAUGAAGGCAGGAGGGUUAGCUAUGGGACCCCAGAAAACGCAACUGCAGCAAGGAAGCUUUUAGAUCGCCAAAUGUCGAUCAACAGUGUGCCCAAAAAGGUGAUAGCUCACCUAUUAAAGCCUCGUGGCUGGAAGCCUCCUGUCCGUCGACAAUUUUUUCUGGAUUGCAAUGAGAUAGCUGAUCUAUGUGAUAGUUCUGAAAGAAUAUUUUCAAGCGAACCUAGUGUUCUGCAACUCAGGGCUCCUAUCAAGAUCUUUGGUGAUUUGCAUGGGCAAUUUGGAGAUCUCAUGCGACUUUUUGAUGAGUAUGGAUCCCCGUCGACUGCUGGAGACAUAGCAUAUAUCGAUUAUCUCUUCUUAGGAGAUUAUGUUGAUCGAGGUCAACACAGCUUGGAAACCAUUAGUCUUCUGUUAGCUUUAAAGGUUGAGUAUCCACAAAAUGUUCAUUUAAUUCGUGGGAAUCAUGAAGCUGCUGAUAUAAAUGCACUUUUUGGCUUUCGAAUCGAGUGCAUAGAGCGGAUGGGUGAGAGAGAUGGAAUCUGGGUAUGGCAUCGGAUAAACAGAUUAUUUAACUGGUUACCACUGGCAGCUUUAAUUGAGAAGAAGAUAAUUUGCAUGCAUGGUGGUAUUGGGAGGUCAAUCAACCAUAUUGAGCAGAUCGAAAGCCUUCAACGACCAAUUACGAUGGAGGCUGGUUCUAUUGUACUUAUGGAUUUGUUAUGGUCUGACCCAACAGAAAAUGACAGCGUGGAAGGCUUACGACCAAAUGCUAGAGGUCCUGGGUUAGUUACUUUUGGGCCUGAUCGUGUGAUGGAGUUCUGCAACAACAAUGAUCUCCAAUUGAUCGUACGUGCUCAUGAAUGUGUAAUGGACGGCUUUGAGCGUUUUGCCCAAGGACAUUUGAUUACCCUUUUCUCAGCAACUAAUUAUUGUGGGACUGCAAAUAAUGCAGGUGCAAUAUUAGUCUUGGGUAGAGAUCUUGUGGUGGUUCCAAAACUCAUUCAUCCAUUGCCACCUGCAAUUUCGUCACCUGAAACUUCCCCUGAACACCAUAUAGAAGAUACAUGGAUGCAGGAACUGAAUGCAAACAGACCACCAACACCAACUAGGGGCCGUCCACAAGUUGCCAAUGAUCGUGGCUCUCUUGCAUGGAUUUAGUUGAAGUCCAUAUCUCGGCUCAUGCUACAACUCUGAAUAUGUUUUAUGGUUGGUUCACUCGAGAGAUUUCUAGGGCCAUCAUGCCCCACAUAGUUAGUGAAACAUUCUGAAAACGAAGAUUUGAGAUUAGAAGACACACCAAAAACAACCCCUUUGUACAUUGACAAACGGGCAGGUUUCAGGUAUUGGUCGUGUUGCUUAUUCCAUUGGUGGUAUUUUUGUUCGUUUUUGUUAGGUGUAUUCAUUGGUUUUGUUUUCGGUUUUUUGGUAAAAGAUAGAAUGAGGUUUAUAUAGGUUUGUAUCAUAGAGAAGGUGGUGUUGUUUUUCUGUACAAUGUAACAUUUGUGUUCUCUUUCAUUAUAACACUUACAUGUUAGAAGCAUAUUGGUUUAUUUCUAAACUUUAUUGUACUGAUCAAUGUACAAAUGACCUUAUUACCCUUGUUC